AACCUGUGUUACUGAGAGGGAGUAGAAAUGACAGACCAGGAUUUUAACAUUGUUUGUUCGAAAAUAGAUCAAGAAAAGGAAUUCUUAAAUUCCGUGAGUCAGGAUAUAUGGAAGAUGCCGGAAAUUAUGUUUAAAGAAUUUCAUGCACAUGCUGUUCUCACGAGCGCUUUGGAAAAGAAAGGAUUUAAAAUUCAGAAGCAUUACUUCAUGCCUACUGCUUUUAGAGCUGAAUUCUCUUCAAAAUUAGAUGGUGGCCCGUCUGUUGCAAUUCUGCUUGAAUAUGAUGCCUUGCCGGAGAUAGGCCACGCUUGCGGCCAUAACCUCAUUGCGGAAGCAGGGCUGGCUGCCAGCAUAGCGAUAAAGGCAGUCAUGGAAGCAGAUCCUCAGUUAGUUGGAAAGCUGAUUGUUCUGGGUACUCCAGCCGAAGAAGGAGGUGGAGGAAAGAUCCGUUUGAUCGAACUGGGAGCCUUCGAAGGGAUAGACAUAGCUCUGAUAGUCCAUCCAACCAAAGUGGACGUAGCUGAUCCUCCCACAUUAUGCAUAGUCAGGGCAACGAUUGACUACAAAGGGAAGGAAGCUCACGCUUCUUCUUAUCCUUGGCUAGGAAGGAACGCUUUGGAUGCCGCCGUCGCUUGUUACAAUAAUUUAGCUCUUCUCAGACAGCACAUUAAACCGAUGUGUAGGAUUCACGCUGUGAUCACGAAAGGUGGUGUCAUACCCAAUGUCAUUCCAGCAGAUACAAGCUUAAGCCUCUUCGUCCGGGCCCCCACUAUAGGAGAACUCAGAGAACUGCGAACCCGAGUCGAAACUUGUAUAACGAGUGCUGCAACCGCAACUGGAUGCGAAGUAAUUUACAAUUUCUCAGAGCAGGAUGCUUAUGAGAACUUAAAGACGAACAAAGUUCUGGGGGAUUUAUAUCAGAAAUUUGCAGAGCGCCUGGGAGUCAAUUUUAUAAGAGAUGCCUCGUUAAUCCCCAGCACCGGCUCUACAGACAUGGGAAAUUUGUCUCAUGUCAUUCCUUCUAUCCAUCCCUUCUACAGCAUUUGCACCGAAGCUACCAAUCACACGAGAGAAUUCACAGAGGCUUCCGGAGCUCCAGAAGCCCAAGAGCCUACUCUGAAGGCAGCAAAGGCAAUGGCCAUGACAGCUUUGGCAGUUCUACGAUCGCAGGAAACUCUGGAUGAAGUCAAACGACAAUUCUUCGCCGAUGUUCGGCAUGAUCUGCAAUUCCAGUGACGAGAACAUCCCUUUGAUCUAAUUGUACCGCAUAAGGAUACUACUCACAUUCUAUCGCUGUCGCUAUCGUCAUCGGUUUUCAAGAAUAGCAUUAAAUUGGUUAUUGGGAAGAAACUGCGUAGAUUUAUCGUAGAUUACACUUUCUACCUUCCAUGAUAAAGUCUUGUCUUAAUUUUUGUAGCAAUAUUACUUCAGAAGUCAAAAAAAUGUUCAUUAUUAUUUCA